AUGAGCGCAUCACCAGACCGCCCCUUCCGUCCAAGGCGGACAUAUGGUCGCGCCAAGGCUUCCCCGCCGCCAGACGACAUCCCCAACAUGCUCUUCGCCGCGCCGCGCGAGUCGCCAGCCAAGAACCUCCUUGACCGCUUCUCUGCCAAGAGCUCUAAUUGGCGCGAGUCUUUGAACGACCUUGACGCCGAAGAGAAGGAGACCGAGGACGAGAUUUCAGCCGCACGCGAGCGGUUCCGGAAGGCCAAGGUCAACGCGCCUUCACGUGCACUUGCCGCGUUCAGUUCGUCGACCCUUACGAACCCGCCGAGCUCGACGCCUCCAAUCAAGGCCACAGAGCCUGAGACUGAUGCAACGUCACCACCACCGCCUUCCUCACCACCCCCUGCAGCUUCUCCAAUUGCUUCCCCAGACCACCGUCCAACAGUGUCACCCCAGUCCUCGUCACCGACCGUGUCUCUCAAUGCCGCUUUGGAAGAAAACGAGGAUGCUACUACACCGCGUGCCGCUACGCCUCGCACUAUCAGAGACUCUGCGACACCUGUACGCUCACCACGACCCGAUCCGUUUGCGGGUCUCUUUGAUGACGAGGAGGAGGAAGACGGGUCCGGAGGCUCGCACUCGCCCCGUCGACGGAUAAAGGGUCCGACCAAGGUGGAAAUGGAAGAGGCUCGCCGUGACGCCGCACGCGCGUUGCGAGAACGCGCACCGGAGUUGUCCAAGCCUGAGCCCACACGUCGGCCGAUCAGCGCGUGGUUUGAAAAGGCCCAGUCAGCAGCCACAAACCCUGUCCUGCCGAGGAGUCGCCUGGCUCCAAGCACGUUCACUUCACGGGCAGCAAAGCACUUAGAGGACCUCGACGUCGAGGAUGACGAGGGCCGUACACUCGACGACGCAUUGAAGCGUGAGGCGGCCGAGGAACAGGAGCGGAAACGGUGGGCGUUGGCCAAGCAACACGCUCUCAAAACCAGGAAGCAGGCGCAGCCUGUUGGCGACAGCGACGAUGACGACUUCGUAAUCGAGAGCUUCGUGAAGCCCGUGGUCCGGGCUGGUCCCAGCCGUCCGUCGAUUCCGUCGAGGCAGAUGCCCAGAAUGUGGGGCCAGGCGAGCAACCGGGCAUCGAAGCGUCCUAGUACCAGUCGGAACGGUCGCGAUAUCCCUAUCACGCAUACGCGGUUGACGACCGAUCUCGUUGGCCGACAUUACGAGCAAGCACACAAGCUCCAGCAGCAGCGCGAGGAAAAGUACGGGUCCAGUCGUCGGCUUCCGGAGAAGCAGGAACUAGAGCUAGGAACGAUCAUUCCCGCCAGCGCGAGUGCAGAGGCAGAGGACGACAGCGAUGACGGCGACUCUGACUUCGCACCUGAUGACGUCGACGAGCCAGGCGUCGAGGUCUGGAGCGGAGCGGAGGACGAGGCAGUCCUUAUGCCGUCUAGCGAACACGGAUCAGACGAAGAGGGACGCCAGUCUGGGGCCGAGUCUGGGGCCGAGUCUGGGGCCGACGAGGACGAGGACGAAGACAAGGAGAACCAACCCAUCGCGGCUGACAGUGUGUCCGAUGACGAGGACGAAGGCUUGGUCCCCUUGAAGAAACGCAGCACCAAGGCGCGCGUCGCGUUCCUCUCGGACGACGAGGGAGACGAGCCCGAGAAGCCGCUUCAGGAGGUGGCGCGACAGCCGCUCGUCCCAACGUUGGAGAGCGGGCCGAGUCCAGGUGGCUUUGGUGCGGACUUCGCGGGGUUCGACGGCGACGGCAGAGGCGGCUUCUCCCAGCUCUUUGCUGAGACGCAGGGAGUGGACGUAUUUGGCGACGGCGACGCUUUCGAUAAGAUUCGGGAGCAGGAGGAGGCAGCCCACCGCAUCGCACCGACGGCAGCGCUCCUUCCUUCAGUCCAGAUCUCGGAGUCUCAAAAGAAGCGCGACAACGCACUCAUCGGGGGCGACUCGGAUGAACUGACCACGCCUAAGGCUUAUGAGGCGAAGAGGCAGUACUUGAACUCUCAAGGCUUCUUCACUCAGACGCGCCCCAAGGGCCUCUCCUCACAGUCGUUUGGUUCUGCCACCCAGCUCGUGACCAAUGACGUGGAGCUGUCGUCCACACUGAUCAAUUCGAGCGACCGGCCGUCAGACCCGACCAGUCCGACAACAGCCGAGCCCGACGGCGACGAGAUGACGUUCACGCGCCUUCGCCGACGUCGAUCGUCCUCGUACUCCCCCAACGAGAUACCAACCCCCACGGGCCCUAUCCACGUCAUCCAAUCUUCGCCAGAGAGACCCACACGCCCACGUAACGCCUUUGAUCUCCUGAACGCUGGCGCCGCCCGGCAGCAGAAGGCUCGCAACAAGGCACGCGACUCGGAGCUCAUCGACGCCCAGGCCGAAGAGAGCGAUGACGACGCUGGGUGGGGUUUUGUCGCCAAGGAGGCCGAGGAAGAUGACGAGGAGGACGGCUUCGUUCCCGAGCUCGUCGACGACGAAGUGCUUCCCGACGACAUCCGGGAAGCACAAGACGCACUCGCAACAGAAAAGGCGCGCGCAAUGGAUGCUGAGGAUGAUGCGCGGCGUGAGGCCGAGGCAAAGAAGGUCGUUGAGGGACACUACCGCGUCAAGCGGCGAGGCAACGAGUUCCUGAGUGACGAGGAGGACGAGGCUGGCCCGCGGAUGAGCAAGAAGGCACGACGGCAGCGACGGAUCGACCGCGAAGACGGACUGUUCAAGCUCAGCGGCGAGUCCAACGUCUUCCUCCAGGCGUACGAGGAGGACUUGGAGAGCGAUAACGAGUUUGACGAGGCGCCACCGUCCCCUGGCCUCGUCGAAUCCCCGGUCAUGAGGUUGAGCGCGCGCGAGCGCGAUGCGCUGCUAAAGCAGCGGGCGCGUAUGAACACCGACGGUGCGGAGUUUAGUAUGGGCGACGAGGAGGAGGUUGGAGGGUUCGCCAUUGCUCGCGCGAGCCGCACAACCAUCAUCAGCGAGGACACGGAGGACGGCGUGCGCGUCUUCGCGGCGUCGCGGAGUGUCGAGAGCUACACCAAGUUUGUGAGCGAACAGGCGGCGAACCCCCGCCGCGCGGGCGGCGGUGGCGUGUCCGUCGUGGGACACGGGUCCAAGCCCUACCCGCCUAAGCGUACGGCCAGUGCGGCCAGCGCUGGGCCGAGCUCGGGCCGCAGUCUGGGCGUGAAGGGAAGCGUGCUGUUUGAGCGCGACAGCCGGUUCGGCUAG